CCUAUUCUCUUUGCAACAGAGUUAUGGAUCACUAGUCUUUCUCUUUGUGCCGAAGGACAUUUCUGCAAAGUAGAAUUCAAAUCUUCUUUAGCAGGUCGUGCUAUUGUGAUGGAAUGUUUGUGGAGAUAUUUGUGGCAAUCAAACUAGCAUCAUGGCUACAGGAUCUCAAGAGACAUCACUUAUUCUAUGCGAUUUAAUCCAGAAGAGUCAAUUAAUCAGUGAAGGUCCACCUGCACGAUAUCGUCUCAUCGCAGAAGAAAGAAAUCUCGAUGAAGAUGGCUCAGUGAGAAAAUGGACAUUUGGACAGCGAGACAUUGAUAUGCAAAACAAAAUCCUACUGAUGGUAGGAGAAACUGGAACAGGCAAAACUACUCUGAUCAAUGUCAUGGUAAAUUAUAUACUCGGGGUGAAGUUUACAGAUGAAGUGUGGUUUGAGAUUACAGAAGAGGGAGGAGAUAAUCAAAUGUUAAAUCAGACAAAAAGUCAAACAACUGAAAUCACUGUGUAUGAGGUCUUUGUUAAAGACAACCCAAUCUGUCUUACUAUCAUUGACACUCCAGGUUAUGGAGACACCAGGGGAGUAGAAUAUGACAAACAGAUCGCUGAGAAUCUGUACAAACUGUUUCGCAGUGACACUGGAGUGAAAGAAAUUGAUGCAGUGUGUCUGGUAGUGAAGGCAUCUGAGAAUCGGCUCACUGACAGACAGCACUACAUCUUUGAUGCAGUUUUUUCCUUAUUUGGUAAAGAUAUAGAGAACAGCAUUGUCAUAUUUAUCACUCACUCAGAUGGAAUGCCUCCAAAAGAUGCUCUUAAUGCCAUUAAGAGAGCAGGGAUUCCCUGCAGGAAAAAUAAAGAAAAUGUACCAGAGCAUUUCUUAUUCAACAAUCGUCAAACUGAAGAAAGGAGACCGGAGUAUAACAGAGCUCUCCAGGCAAUUUGGGAUCUAACAGCAGACAGUUUGAAAUAUUUCUUCUCCUCCCUGAAAGAACAGAACAGAAAAAGCUUAGAGCAGACUGAGAGUGUUCUGAUUCAGUCCAAACGACUUGAAGCCUGUAUUUCUAAUCUACAAAACCGCAUUGCUUCUGUAGAGUGCAAAGUUAAUGAACUGACUCAGAUCCAGAAAGCCCUUGAGGAAAACCAAGAAAAGAUUAAGAAAAAGGAAAACUUUACUUUUACUGUCAUCAAGUCCUACAAAAAGUAUGUUUCCCUUUCCCGAAAUGCUUCAUGGUGGGACAGAAAGGUCACCAGUUGCACUGUAUGUAAGGAGAACUGUCAUGAAUAUAACUGCUGGUUGGCUCCCAGUGCUCUGUGGUGUGAAGUCAUUAAAAAUGGCUAUUGCACUUCAUGCACAGGUAAAUGUCAUUUCACUAAACAUGUCAGAGAGAGCAAGAAAUAUGUUACAUGCAGUGAAAAAAGCAUAGUGACACUUGAGGAUUUUAAAAAGCAAUAUGAAAGCAGCAAUAAUUCAGCAACAGAUAUAAAGUUUGACUCAAAGGCCUAUGAAAACAAGAAAGAGGAAGAGGAGAAGAUGAUCAUGGAGAUGAACCUGAAAGAAGAACUGACCAAAACCGAAAAAGAAAAAGCUGAGUUGGUGGAAGAAGCCUACAACACAAUCAUGAAACUGUCUGAGAUUUCUUUAAAACCAGACUCUGAUUUGAUUUUUCAGUGUCUUGACUUCUUGAUCCCUCGAACUGAGGAAACCGGAAGAGAAGAUCUUGCUCAGAAACUAAGAGAGCUGAGGAAACUUCAGCCUGAAACACAAGAAACAAUACUGUAAAAUGAAUUAAAUUCAGGAGAUUAACAAUGGUCAUGUAUUAUGUAAUAAAGAAGGAAUUAUGAACAUAUUUGAAUUAAGGGUGAAGGUAUGGUUCUAAUGAUGAUAAAAAUGCAUUGUGUUCAAUGCUGGUGUCAUAUAUAUUACAGACUGUGAGGGUAGUGGUGAUACACAAACCAUUGCAUGUCACCUGAACACAAGCACCUGAAACAGGGGUAUCUAAUGAGCUCAGUUAUAAUGCUUUGCAUAGCUCUCCUUAUCAGUAUUUAGUCACUGAUGUAGUCUCUAUGCAUACCAUGUCCAUGUUGUUGUCUAAUCUAGUUAUUUCUCAUUCAUGUUUCCUAGGCUUUGCGCUUCACUAUGUGUCACUGUAAAUAAAUAUAUCUGCAUGUGCAUCUACCUCAACUACCAUUCUUGACCUAUAAUUAAUGCUGCUAUUAUUAUUACUAGACCGGGGCCUAUUAAGUUGCCGUCUAUCGGGCUGAAAAUUUCGCUAAGCAAUUUUUCAGAAAGAAAGCAAUAAAUCCCUAAAGAAUAAGCCAGAAGUGACAGUUGGAAAAACUCCCCAAGACAACAUCUAGAAACCUUAUGUUGACUCAAGACUCCAAUCCAGACUCAAAAAUGACUGCAACCUGUAACCUCUUUGUUUCUAUGUAUGUAUUUCUUUCUUGCCUCUAUUAACAGACUCCUGUCCAAAUACUUUUCUGUCUAAGACCCCUGGAAGCACCACAACAUCUUUUUUUUUUUACCUACUUAACCCCCUGAUUGCUCCUACUUCAUCCUCCCUGACUGCUGAAGACACAGACGCCUUUCAUGAUGAAAAGAUUGAAAAAAUCUGCCAGACCUGGCUAAUUUUUCUAACCUAGCAACAGAAGUGAUACUGCAGGUCAGUUACAAUUCUACAACCUGUCCACUGGAUCUUAUCUCUUGAACACACUGUUUAAAAUCUCUGUUGUAGAAUUACAUGCAGUAGAAUAAUUACUUUCAUGUCCCAGGUAUACAGUUGAAGCUAAACAGGUCAAUUUAAUGUUAAACAAGAUUUAAAAUACAUCUAAACAAAAUGUAAAUUAAACAGAAUUAUUUGCUAUGCACAUGCUUGCUAACUUGUGCAGUACAGAACUAAAAUGUCAACAUUCUUAUGGGUGGGUCUUAAACAGAAACUGUCAGUUAUGUAUGACUUUGUACAGAAUGAGGAAAUUGAAGGCAUUUACAAAAAGUAUUCCUGGCACUGAGUUCCUGAAGCAGGCACAUUCCAAGCCUGCCAAUCAACCUAGUCAUUAUGUAUUUGGAGUAAAGGGUACAGCAUCACCUUCUUGCUAAGAGUGCAAACACCCUGGUUGCCAGUGGCUGUUUCGUUCAUGUUCAUGGACCAGCCUAUUCAGUGGCCUUUCCAGUGCAUCCUGCAUUAAUCACCUGUGUUCUCAUGGAAUGCCAAUCCCACAUACUGUGGACAACUGGUUCCAGCAGAUUGAGCAGAUAUGGGAAUAAGCCUACCAACACAUAGAGCACACAGCCAAAGUAACCAAGAAAUUUGCAGACAAAUGGCAUGGUAAGGCACAACUAUGAACCACAACUACACUAUAUUGCCAAAAGUAUUCGCUCACCCAUCCAAAUAAUCAGAAUCAGGUGUUCCAAUCACUUCCUUGGCCACAGGUGUAUAAAAUCAAGCACCUAGGCAUGCAGACUGUUUUUACAAACAUUUGUGAAAGAAUGGGUCGCUCUCAGGAGCUCAGUGAAUUCCAGCGUGGAACUGUGAUAGGAUGCCACCUGUGCAACAAAUCCAGUCGUGAAAUUUCCUCGCUCCUAAAUAUUCCACAGUCAACUGUCAGCUGUAUUAUAAGAACGUGGAAGUGUUUGGGAACGACGGCAACUCAGCCACGAAGUGGUAGGCCACGUAAACUGACGGAGCGGGGUCAGCGGAUGCUGAGGCGCAUAGUGCGAAGAGGUCGCCAACUUUCUGCAGAGUCAAUCGCUACAGACCUCCAAACUUCAUGUGGCCUUCAGAUUAGCUCAAGAACAGUGCGCAGAGAGCUUCAUGGAAUGGGUUUCCAUGGCCGAGCAGCUGCAUCCAAGCCAUACAUCACCAAGUGCAAUGCAAAGCGUCGGAUGCAGUGGUGUAAAGCACGCCGCCACUGGACUCUAGAGCAGUGGAGACGCGUUCUCUGGAGUGACGAAUCACGCUUCUCCAUCUGGCAAUCUGAUGGACGAGUCUGGGUUUGGCGGUUGCCAGGAGAACGAUACUUGUCUGACUGCAUUAUGCCAAGUGUAAAGUUUGGUGGAGGGGGGAUUAUGGUGUGGGGUUGUUUUUCAGGAGCUGGGCUUGGCCCCUUAGUUCCAGUGAAAGGAACUCUGAAUGC